AUGGAGCCGCCGCGGCCGCCGCCACCGAUCGGAGCACCGCCGACCAUAAGGCCCGAAGCCCGCCCUCUCCGCCGCCAAAAGUCUCAGCCGAGAUCCCUCUCCCACCACACCAACAAAAAAUUCCAGGACCAGAACAAGAAGCACCAUGCUCUCGAUGUUAACACGCUAAAGGGCCAUGGGGAUGCGGUACUGCCCUCUGCUUCUCCUCCAAUGCCGCAAUUUGGCAAUGGUGAGCUCAUCGUUCUCUCAUCUAUCCUAAUUCAAUGCCGUGCUCUGUUGUUUGGACUCAUAAUGCUUAAAAAUUAUGAAUCUUUAUUGCAGCUUGUGCUGAAUGGAGUUGUCAGAGUGUUCAGGAUCGAUGAUGCUUCCAGUAAAGCUUCAAGCCUACUGAGGAUAAACUUGCCGGCAGGGGCACACCCGACGGCGAUUGCCUUCUCUGAGGAGGCUUCAUCUGUGGUAGUGGCAGCUCAGCUCCUCUCUGGUGCCUCUCUUUACAUGUAUGGAGAUGUAUUUGCCAAGCCUAAUGGUGAGAGCAAGCAGCAGGCCAAGCUUCCGCUCCCUGAGAAAUGGGAGCAUCAGAAGAUCCGACGAUAGAGCUCUGUGUUGACCCUGGUUGGGGUUUGUGCAACAUAUGGAAACGGGGAUGGGAGUACAAUCAUCGCUUCAUGCUCAGAAGGGACUGAUAUUAAAGUUUGGCAUGGUAAAAGCGGGAAAGACUUGGGAACUGUUGACACGAAUCAGCUGAAAAACAACAUGGCUACUGUUUCGCCAAAUGGACGUUUUCUGGCUGCUGCAGCCUUUACUGCAGAUGUGAAGGUUUGGGAGAUCAUCUAUUCCAAGGAUGGUUCAGUGAAGGAGAUUGUGAAAGUUAUGCAACUUAAGGGUCAUAAGAGCGCGGUAACUUGGUUGUGUUUCACUCCAAAUUCAGAGCAGAUAAUUACGGCAUCAAAAGAUGGUUCCUUACGAAUAUGGAAUAUCAAUGUUCGAUAUCAUCUUGAUGAGGACCCGAAGACCCUAAAAGUGUUUGCAAUUCCACUUCAUGAUGCCAAAGGCUCUGUUUCACACUAUGACCGCAUUAGCAUCUCUCCCAGUGGAAAAAUUCUGGCAGUCACUAGUGGCUCAACAUUGCAAUGGUUAUGUGCUGAAACAGGGAGGGUUUUGGAUACAGCUGAUAAAGCACAUGAAGGUGACAUCACAGGCAUUGCUUGGGCUCCUCAAUUGAUUCCUAUGGGUGGUGGACCCACUAUGGUUUUAGCCACAGCUGGUGCUGACAAAAAAGUGAAACUGUGGUUGGCUCCACAACACCACCCUUCAUGAGUGAUGCACCAUAAUCAGCUUCUGCAGAGAUUUUUGGUCAGUUUUGCUAUGGAGUAUAUCAAAGUGCGUCACAAAUCUAACCUGGAUCCCUCUGCUUUUAUAGUUUUCAUGUUCUGAAAAGCAGUAUCACAGCUAAGUUACAAUAGAGACAUAAAGUGCCCAAAUGCCAAAAAUUUGUUCACCUGCAAAUCAAUUCAAUUUGGGUAGUAGCUUGACAUGCGUUCUCAAGUUUGUGUUCAGAGAUUGGGAACAAUGUAUUUGUCUGAUAUUUAGUGCGAUAGAAUAUCUGGUAGUUUGUAUGUUGAACUAGUUCGAUUCAAGUUUGCUCUCAAAUAAGGAGGAUGUGGCUUCAUAGAGGAACUAUAGCUAGUAUGUGAGAUUUAAUUUUCUCAACAAGUUCUGA